AUCCGGGUGUUUUAUCCAGUCUAGUCUACGCGCCUCUUUCUCUCUCUCUUAUUCUUUUCGCUCUUUCUUUCUGAAUUCAUAUUUCCAAGUCCUUCCCAUUUCUCUCGCCAUUUUUUAUUUUUUAUUUUUACCCGGGUUUUUUGUUCUUGCUCCCUUCAAUCUCUCUCUCUCUCUCUCUGCCCUACUGUCACUUCUCUCUACUCUUUCAAUUCUCAUUCCUAAUUCUUCAACUUCUCUUCUUCCAUUUUUUUUGUUUGUUUUGAUUUUCAUUAUUUCGAUUUUUCGUAGACCGACUUCGAUUGUUUUUCUUUUUCAUUUGGACUUUUUCCCCCACGGUUGGGGUUUAAUUGCCGGGAAGUACUCGGGAUUUUGUCUUUUUAGCUCGCUAAUUUUCUCUCUGGUUUUGAAUUGGUGGAUUUUGUGCUGAAUUUCGAAGGUUUUGGCUGUGAUCGGACCUUUUAAUUCUAAGAUCUGUUCUGCUUCGGUGGUCAAUUUUGAUCUGGUUAGUGUUUUGUUCAGCUACGGGUUUGGAUCAGAUCGAGGAAGAAACAGCGCCAUCCGAUGGCGCUGUUCAGAAGGUUCUUUUACAGGAAGCCGCCGGAUCGGCUUCUUGAAAUCUCCGAGAGAGUCUAUGUGUUUGAUUGCUGCUUCUCCACGGAAGUGUUGGAAGAAGAAGAAUAUAAGGUCUACUUGGAUGGCAUUGUAGCACAGUUGCAGGGCCACUUUCCCGAUGCCUCUUUCAUGGUUUUCAACUUCAGAGAAGGUGAUAAGCGUAGUCAAAUUUCUGAUGUACUGACUCAGUAUGACAUGACAGUUAUGGACUAUCCUCGGCAAUAUGAGGGGUGUCCUUUACUGUCAUUGGAGAUGGUUCACCACUUCCUUCGAUCUAGUGAAAGCUGGUUGUCGGUGGAGGGUCAACAGAAUGUUCUAUUGAUGCACUGUGAAAGAGGAGGAUGGCCUGUUCUUGCAUUCAUGCUAGCUGGUCUUCUCUUGUAUAGAAAACAAUACAGUGGGGAGCAGAAGACCCUUGAAAUGGUCUACAAGCAAGCUCCUAAGGAACUUCUCCAUCUUUUGUCUCCUUUAAAUCCUCAGCCUUCCCAUCUGAGAUACCUUCAAUACAUUUCCAGGAGAAAUUUAGGUUCCGAUUGGCCUCCAUCAGAUACACCUCUAGUUUUGGAUUGUUUAAUACUUAGAGUUCUACCUCUUUUUGACGGGGGAAAGGGAUGUAGGCCUGUUGUGCGUGUUUAUGGUCAAGACCCCUCAACACCAGCAAAUAGAACUUCAAGGCUUUUAUUUUCAACAUCAAUCAAAAGAAAACAUAUCCGCAACUACCUACAGGCAGAGUGUAUGCUGGUGAAAAUUGAUAUUCAUUGCCAUGUCCAAGGAGACGUAGUUCUUGAAUGCAUCCAUUUGGAUGAAGAUCUAGUGCACGAGGAGAUGAUGUUUAGAGUUAUGUUUCACACAGCAUUCGUAAGAUCAAACAUUAUGAUGCUGAACCGUGACGAAGUUGAUGUUUUAUGGGAUGCAAAGGACCAGUUUCCUAAGGACUUCAGAGUUGAGGCACUCUUUUUGGAUGCUGAUGCUGUUGUCCCCAGUCUCACCACAGCCUUAGACGAUGAAGAUGGUAAUGAAACUGGAGCUGCUUCUCCUGAAGAAUUUUUUGAGGUUGAAGAGAUCUUCAGUAAUGCAAUGGAUGGGCAGGAAGCAAAGGGGUCCAAUGAUCCUCAAGUGGUCAAGCAUAUCAACCAUAACGAAGAUUUGAAGGAGGACUUGGAUCCUCCUGCAUUCCAAGAUUGUGCAUCUGACGAUGGAAAUCAUCUUAGGCAUGAUAAGAAAUCAGAUUUUGAUGCAGUGAAGGACAUUACUGUGGAUGAUGUGAGGUACAAACGGGAUGAAAAUAUAUAUCCUGAUCUUAAUGUAGUUAAGGACAUUGGUGUAGAUGAUGGGGAUAUGAAUUCAAAUUCCUUCAUGGUUGCUGCUAAUGUCCUGACCCAUGUGGAAGCCCAGGGUUUGGUGGAUGAUGCAUACGAGAAAUUUGAAGAUAUAGAAGAAAAGGAUGAUGGUAGAUAUACAACUGAGAAAUUUGAAAACAAGACUCUGCAGAAAAAGUUGAGUGCUGAUGGUUCAGAAUCUGAAAAAUUGCAAAAACCGAUUUCCAAGAAACAGCCUAUUUCAAGUGCAGAACCGACCACUGAUAUGGGUUUAACUGAACAGAGAGUCGAACAACAAGAGGCUCAAGGGUUUUCUGCAAAACAAGCAAGGCCAAAUAUAGUUUCUAGGUGGAUCCCACCUAACAAAGGCUCCUAUAUGAAUUCUGUGCAUGUUUCCUAUCCGCCUUCAAGAUAUAACAGUGCCCCUGCUGCCACUCUCAGUUCCCUAGUUGCUACAGAUGUGAAUAAUGACGUGGAUUCUGUAAGGCCUUCAUACUCUGCACUUGGGGAACUCGUGCUUGGCCCAUCGUCUCCAGUUGAGUCGAUAGAGGAGACAUAUUCUUCCUCUGAAACUUUAAAACCAUCACACUGCGAUCCACAACUUGAAGUACCUCCUCCCCCACUGCCCACAAAGCCUCCAUCUCCAUAUUUUCCAUCACCCCCCCGAGCAAAUGCAAUACCUCCUCCACCACCUCCACCACCUACUUCAUUUCAUCAUAUUGAGUCAACGUACUCUCCUCCACCACUUUCUGUGUCUUCAGCACCACCACCCCUAGUUAGCUCAUCAAACACAGUGACUACCCCUUCCCCUUCCCCUCCCCCUCCUCCUCCCCCUCCCCCUCCAUUCAGCAGGCAGAGUAGUGUUUUUCCCCAUUCUUCUACACAACCAUCAUGGGAGCAAAUAUAUUCUUCCGUUUCUAUUGCAAUGGUGGCUGGUUCUAUACCGCCUCCACCUCCACCACCCCCACCCCCACCACCACCUUUCUCCUCUCUCUCUCUGGUUAGGCCAUAUACAUCAAAGAAUAUUGUAAGUACUCCUCCAGCACCUGUUUUAUCCCCUCCCCCACCUUCUGUGAUGAAUGAAACACUUGCUUCACCACCUCCACCAUCCUCACCUGCUUCAGUAUAUGGUGAUAAAGCGUCACCGACUCUAGCAUCUACAGCACCCUCCCCUAUUACUUCAGUUCAUGGUGCUUCUCCACCCCCACCCCCACCCUCAUCCUCACAUAUUAGUUCAGUUCAUGGUGCUUCCUCGCCCCCGCCUUUAGCACCUCAAACAACCCCACCUAUUACUAUAGUGCAUCGUCUGCCCCCGCCCCCACNCCCACCCCCAUUAAUGUAUGAGGCAUUUCCUUCAGCAUCUCUAAUGAAAAGCACACCACCUCCACCACCUCCACCCCCACCCAUGCAUGGUGCAUCUCCAACACUAUCUUUAUUAGGACCACCACCUCCUUCGAUGCAUGGGGCUUUUCCACCAUUGCCUCCUCCACCACCUCCGCCUCCACCAAUCCAUGGGACUCCGUCACCAUCACCACCCCCACCACCACCGCCUCCACCAAUGCACGGGGCUCCUCCCCCACCACCACCUCCUCCAUCAAUGCAUGGGGCUCCUCCACCACCACCACCUCCUCCACCAAUGCACGGGGCUCCUCCACCACCACCACCUCCUCCACCAAUGCACGGGGCUCCUCCACCACCACCACCUCCUCCACCAAUGCACGGGGCUCCUCCACCACCACCACCUCCUCCACCAAUGCACGGGGCUCCUCCACCACCACCACCUCCUCCACCAAUGCACGGGGCUCCUCCACCACCACCACCUCCUCCACCAAUGCACGGGGCUCCUCCACCACCACCACCUCCUCCACCAAUGCACGGGGCUCCUCCACCACCACCACCUCCUCCACCAAUGCACGGGGCUCCUCCACCACCACCACCUCCUCCACCAAUGCACGGGGCUCCUCCACCACCACCACCUCCUCCACCAAUGCACGGGGCUCCUCCACCACCACCACCUCCUCCACCAAUGCACGGGGCUCCUCCACCACCACCACCUCCUCCACCAAUGCACGGGGCUCCUCCACCACCACCACCUCCUCCACCAAUGCACGGGGCUCCUCCACCACCACCACCUCCUCCACCAAUGCACGGGGCUCCUCCACCACCACCACCACCACCACCUCCACCAAUGCAUGGGACUCCUCCACCCCCGCCACCACCUCCUCCUAUGUAUGGGGCUCCUCCCCCACCACCACCUCCUCCAAUGCAUGGGGCCCCUCCCCCGCCGCCGCCACCACCCGGUGGAGGGAGAGCGCCUCCCCCGCCGCCGCCACCACCCGGUGGAGGGAGAGCCCCUCCCCCGCCGCCGCCACCACCCGGUGGAGGGAGAGCCCCUCCCCCGCCGCCGCCACCACCCGGUGGAGGGAGAGCCCCUCCCCCGCCUCCACCACCACCCGGUGGAGGGAGAGCCCCUCCCCCGCCUCCACCACCACCCGGUGGUGGGAGAGCCCCACCCCCGCCUCCACCACCACCCGGUGGUGGGAGAGCCCCACCCCCGCCUCCACCACCCGGUGGUGGGAGAGCCCCUCCACCGCCUCCCCCACCCGGUGGUGGGAGAGCCCCACCACCACCUCCCCCACCGGGUGGUGGUGGAGCCCCAGCACCCCCUCCCCCUCCGGGAGGUCGUGGAGCCCCACCCCCUCCUAGACCUCCUGGUGGUGGUGGACCUCCUCCACCUCCACCACUAGGUGCAAGAGGAGCAAACGCUCCACCUGACCCUAGAGGUUUGUCCUCUGGAAGAGGGCGUGGGCUAUCACGCUCAACAGCUACAGCACCUCGAAGGUCCUCCUUAAAGCCCCUACAUUGGAGCAAAGUAACGAGAGUUCUGCAAGGGAGCCUGUGGGAAGAACUGCAGAGAUAUGGAGAACCUCAAAUUGCACCAGAGUUUGAUGUGUCUGAGUUGGAGAGCCUCUUUUCUGCAAAUGUUCCCAAACCUGCUGAUGGAGGUAAAUCUGGAGGGCGAAGGAAGUCUGUUGGAUCCAAAAGUGACAAAGUUCACCUGAUUGACCUCAGAAGAGCUAAUAACACUGAAAUUAUGCUCACCAAAGUAAAGAUGCCUCUUCCUGAUAUGAUGGCUGCAGUGCUAGCUAUGGACGAGUCAGUAUUAGACGUUGAUCAGGUGGAAAAUCUCAUAAAAUUUUGUCCUACGAAGGAGGAGAUGGAACUUCUUAAGGGAUACACUGGUGAUAAGGAUAACCUUGGAAAGUGUGAACAGUAUUUUUUGGAGCUGAUGAAAGUGCCUCGAGUAGAGUCAAAGUUGAGAGUGUUUUCCUUUAAGAUUCAGUUCGGCUCUCAGAUAUCAGAAUUUAAGAAGAGUUUAAAUACUGUCAACUCUGCAUGUGUCGAGGUUAGGAAUUCUGCCAAACUGAAGGAGAUUAUGAAGAAAAUUCUUUAUCUGGGGAAUACACUGAAUCAAGGAACAGCAAGGGGUUCUGCAGUUGGCUUCAAGUUGGACAGUCUUUUAAAGCUUGCUGAUACACGUGCUUCUAAUAAUAAGAUGACACUCAUGCAUUAUCUUUGCAAGGUCCUCGCUUCAAAGACACCAGCUCUUCUUAAUUUUCAUUUGGACCUGGGUAGCCUAGAGGCAGCAACCAAGAUACAAUUGAAGUCUUUAGCAGAAGAAAUGCAAGCUAUAAUUAAGGGGUUAGAAAAGGUCAGGCAGGAGCUUGUUGCUUCUGAAAGUGAUGGUCCAGUCUCUGAAAUUUUUCGCAAGACGCUGAAAGAAUUUAUUGCUAUCGCUGAGACAGAGGUGGCAUCAGUGACAAAUCUAUACUCUACUGUGGGUAGAAACGCAGAUGCACUUGCACUAUAUUUUGGUGAGGAUCCAGCUCGUUGUCCAUUUGAGCAGGUUACAGUGACAUUAUUGAACUUCAUGAGAUUAUUUCGGAAAGCCCACGAAGAAAACUGCAAACAGGCCGAACUGGAAAGGAAAAAGGCGGAGAAAGAAGCUGAAAUGGAGAAAGCCAAAGGAAUUAGCCUUACGAAGAAGAGUGUGAAAUAGGUGAUAUACUUGAGUUCUCCUUAGCUCGGGAGAUUGAGCUUUUGUCCUGCAAUUGCAACUCGGUUGUCACCUUGGGGCCGAGGGGAAGCAUGCUUUGUGACCAGCUUCAGAGAAAAUCCAAUUUGAGAUACGUUCUGCAGUGCUAAAACCUCGAUGAACAUGGAUAAACACAUGGGCUGUUUAUUUAUGCCUGCAGAACUUCUGAGUUGGCCAAGUUGUUUAUUUGUACAUAGUUGACGUGCUGCUACCUGGACCAACAGAAUCGUGUCCCAACUCAACCGGUCUUUCACACUUGAAUAGACAUAUCAACCAUGGAGAUAACAUUGGGUGCUGACCAUCUUCGCCAAUCAAAGGUAUUCCAUGUGCUGGUAGCUUCAAUUCUGAUUAUGGGUUUGGCUCCUCCCGGCAGAUUUUUUCAGAAUAGUGUUUUCAAUCCUAGAUCAGUGUUUGGAUUAAAGUAGGUGAUCUGGUUUCGGCUUUGACAAUGAAUGCAUGUGGCACAAAAGUUUUGGGCAGAGAAUUUGCAUCCUUGAAAUCCAGCCGUAGCACGAAGCCAUGUACAGAGCGAGCCUCUCUAACCAUUCCAUACAUUAGAAUGUAAAUUUUUUUGUUGUUUGAUGAUGUAUCAUGAAAAUAGUCGCUCCCUCUUAUUUGUAGAUUUUUUUUGACUCAAACCCGUCCUAGAGAUGUUGUAUAGCGCAGAUUCAGAGAGUAAUUAGAAGACGGGUUCUCCCACCACUGUAAUUGUAAUAUAAAUCGAAAAUAUAGGCCACGUUUGAAAUCCUCUCGUUUCUCUCA